GCGUGGCCGUGAAACCGGUCUGAGCGAAACUUAGAAGGGGCGGCAGACGUUGCGAGUCGUCCCAGCACUUCAGGUCAAGUGCUUUGCAUUCGAGCUCCCCCCGGACCAAAGUACUUUCCGGGCUCGACUGCAUGCGCGUGUAUUGCGUGCUGUUAUGUACAGCGCCGAAGACACCGUAGGUGCAAUCAUUGGACGACGCCGAUUCCCGCAAAAUCUACGCGAGCAUAACACACAGGCGCAAGAUGCCGCAACCAGGUUUUCUACCGCCCCACCUAGUGCGAGUCGCUUUGCUCGCAUCGCGCCAGAAGCUCCCACUGCAGCGCUACACCACGCACCAUGCCGCGGCGUUCCUCCAAGGCUCUCCGACGGCUUGGGUUCGCGUUGCCUUGGCCAAAACUGGCUUCUUGGUUUCAAAAGCCGCUGUUCGGGAUCCCCGCAUCCGCCACCGGCGCUGUGCUCAUAAGGCUGUCGCUGCGGCGCCCACUGCGAGGAGCGCUUUCCAGCUGCUGCGUGACGCGCCGCCGCUCACUUACAAGAGGAGGACCAUCGAGAUCACCACGUGCGGCGACCUCUACAAGAAAUGGCGAGCCGAAGGUCGUCGUGGGUACGAUCAGGCACCCGAGACAGGCGCUCGCGUACCCGUUGUGUACAUUCACACGGGGCUGGACCGUAUGGAGCACGGCGACCGCACAGUGCGACCGCUGACCUUGAUGUUCACGGGUGCACCGGGGCGGUACCAGGACUUCAGCUACAACAUCCCUUUCCUCGACAAGAAUGGCGUCGACGUUCUUUGCUUCAACUGGCCCGGCUAUGAUUUCACCAUGGCGACCGGCUACUGGUGGCACAGCUGUGAUGAGAAGACCAGACUAGUCGUCGACUUGCUCAAGAAACUUAAGAUCAAUAAGAUCGACAUGCUAGUCAGCCACAGCACAGGAAGUACUCCUGCGGUGCAGUUGGUAGCCGAGGAGCCCAGCAUUGACGUCAAAUCGUUGGCCCUGCUUAUGCCCAUCGCAAGCCGACACUUCAGGGGCUCUGAGAGCCCGUUGAUCUUCAAUCCUGGGACCAUGUGGGCGAUGAGGAGUCGACGAGGAGCACCCAUCAUGGUGCCCCUCUUCCAUGCGAUCAUGAAGCUGAUCAGGCACCCGACUAAGGGCCGAGCGUACGACGUCGUCUUCGCUUACCUUUCGAGCAUCGGAUAUGAGGAGCAUAGGGUUGAGAAGCAGUUGGCUACAAUUCGAGAUCGCAAGGUGCCCACUAUCGUAGUGGUCAGCGACAACGACAGACUACUCUCACAGAAGGACAACCGGACACUGCUGCAACGGUUGGGCUGCGAUCCAGAGAAGACCUGUUUGUACGACAAGGGUGGGCACCUCCUACGAUGUGGUUGUUGCGACCAGGUGGUGAAGGCAAUCGAGUUGAAGGAUGGAUCGCACUACGGAUUCGUACGCUACCCAGAUAUCUGCAACAAGGCCCUUCUCGAACUCAUCAACAGGGCGAAAGGACGCUAGUUCAAGCAGCGCUGGUCGUGGCUCACAAGCGCACUAUCUUGGAUUGUCUUUUCGAAUAUCGAAGUCCGCGAGUACUACACGACGCGUAGCUAAGUCAUUCACCGGGCGUAAUAGGCUAUAUAUAAUGAGCCUAACCGCUCGCCUCAUGUACUAUUGGUUUACCCUGUCUUAAAAGUACAUCCUUAAAUUAUAAUAUGAAUAGUGCAGUUAGUGUUAGAGAACAUGGUUUUACUAUGUCGUCAGAGUCUCGUUUUAUUUGAAUCGAUUGCUCUAUUCUGUUAGGCGUUUGUUUUUACGUAUUUACGGUGUCCAAGUGCUAUCGCGCGUGCAGCAGUUUUUUAUUUCCCAUCGCUGUUUCCGAUCACUGUUCUGUGCUUUCACUGCCAUGUUUGCAAGGGACUACUACUCUGAACUGUAACAAUUUCACUAGCAAAUAAAACAUAUU